AUUGAUACUUGUGAUUUUAUGUUUGUUUGGGCAGAAUGGACAACUCAAAUUUAAUAGAAAAUACACCUCAAGAAGAUGAGAUUAUGGUGGAAGAAAAUGAGGUGGAGAAAGAAGUUGUGGAUAUAAAUGAUGAUAAAGAUGGUAAUACAAUAGAAGGAGAUGAUGGAGAGAAAGAUAAAGAAGAAGGUAUUGAUGGAGAAGAUGCUAAAGAUGGAGACAAGCAGGAGGAGAAUAAUGUUUUUGAUAAGAAGAAAAGGAAAAAAUGUUCCAAAGCUUAUGAUGAUUUCAUUGAAUUGACAGGAGAUGAUGGAACUACAAGGUUUCAAUGCAUACAUUGCAAGACUUUUCUUGCUAAGACGUCUACUGGCACAACAUCUCAUCUUUGGAAUCACUUGAAGAGGUGUUUGCAAAAGAAGCUUCACUUGAAGAAGCAAAAGACGUUGCAAUUUCAGCCUGUGAAAUCCAAGUUUGAGAUGAAUCCUUUAUCUGAUGGCAGAUAUAAUCACAUGAAGCAGAGAGAGGCCGUUGCCCAUUGGAUUUUAAUGGGUGAGAAACCAUUUAAUGCUGUAGAGAAUGAUGGUUAUACUUUCAUGAUGAGUAUAAACCAACUCCAAUUUGAGAAGAUUUCUCGUGCUACAGCAAAAAAAGAUGUCAUUAAUGUUUAUAACAUUGAGAAGAAAAAAUUGAUGUUGACAUUGAAAGACAUCAAUAAGAUUUCAUUGACCACUGACAUUUGGAAGUCAAAGGUGCAAAAGAUUUCUUAUAUGUGUGUCACUGGUCACUUUGUUGAUUCAGAGUGGCAACUUCAGAAGCGGCUUCUUAGCUUCAUACCUCUUCCUCCUCCACAUGGAGGUGUUGAUAUCUAUGAUGGGCUUAUAAAGUGCACAAAGGAUUGGGGAAUAGAGCACAAGGUUUUCACCAUCUCUGUGGAUAAUGCCUCAAACAAUGAUGUGGCAAUUCGAAUUGCUAAAGAAACAUUCUCUAGGAGCCGUAAAUUGCCAUUGGAAGGUCAGUUGUUUCAUGUUCGGUGUACUGCACAUAUAUUGAAUCUCGUUGUUCAAGAUGGUCUUCUUGCGAUUAAGAAAAUCAUUGAAGAUGUCAAAAACAGUGUGAGAUUUAUUAACCAAUCAGAGUCUAGGUUGAACAAAUUCUCUGAUGUUGUGCACCACUUAGGAAUUUCUGUGAAAAGGUUGAUCAUUGAUUGUCCAACUCGUUGGAAUUCUACAUAUGAGAUGUUACUUGAGGCAUAUAGAGUUAGAGAUGCAUUUCCUAUUUUUCAACAAAGAGAGCCUUCAUACCGCUGUUGUCCUAGCAUUCUUGAUUGGAUGAAAGUGAAGGAUGUUGUUGACAUUUUAGAGGUUUUUUAUGAAGCCACUCAUGUGAUUUCUGGAGUUGAUUAUCCUACUUCUAAUGUCUAUCUUGGUGUCAUUUGGAGAGUCAAGCAUGUUUUGAAUGAAAAGGAAAAUCAUGUUGAUGAGUUCAUUAGAGUAAUGAUUAAAAAGAUGAAGGAGAAAUUUGACAAAUAUUGGGGAAGUUGCAAUCUUUUGAUGGCUAUUGGAGCAAUACUUGACCCUAGGUUCAAAAUGAGGUUGGUUGAUUUUGCUUUCCAUAAGAUAUAUAAUGAGAUUGAUGCACGUGCAAAUAUUAUGAAGGUUCGAGAUGCAUUGUAUAACUUAUACUUUGAGUAUGUUGAAGUUGAUAAUGCAAAAUCUCGGAAGGGUACUACUUCAGAAAGAUGUUCUGCUACAUGCACAAGCUCCACAUCUCAAGGAAAAUUAGUGCCUAGUGGUUUGUCUAUGUUUGAUGAGUAUCUAGACACUGUUGAGGUGAAUGGUCCUUUGAAAUCGAAGUUGGACAUUUACUUGGAUGAAGGGGUUGUUAGAAGUCAAGAUGGGGAUGGAGCUGUGUCCUCUGAGUUUGAUGCAUUAGCUUGGUGGAAAUCUCAAGAAUUAAAGUUCAAAAUUCUAUCCACUUUAGCUCGUGAUGUUUUGGCUAUUCCGAUAAGUACGGUUGCGUCAGAGGCCACAUUUAGUGCAGGAAGUCGAGUAUUAGAUCCUUAUCGUUCAAGGUUAGGUUCUGAUAUGGUAGAGGUUUUAGUUUGUGGAGCAGAUUGGAUUCGCCAACUUCAUGGAAUCAAGAAGCCCGUUAUGUCACAUGAGGAAGAAGCACCUUUUUAUGUCAUGUUGAACACCACUUAAGUUACAAGCUUGGAGGAAGAUUGGAUGCUUGACAUUUAUUCUACUAUCAUGUUAUUUUGUUGAAUUUGAAACUUUUCGUGAUGUAUGUUCUAGAUGGAUAUUGUUUAUUUUACAAACUUUUAAA